AUGGGUGCUAAUAAUGCUGCAAUGAACAUGGGCCGAAAUGAUAAUGUAGAUAUGCAUCAUGAAAAAUUGGCGGGUGGAACGGGGAGUUUCAUUUCAAAUGAUCCUUAUUUGAUCGAGAGUGCUUUGAAUUUAAGACAGACUACAGCAGCUCUCUCUGGUGCUAUUUUCCCAGAAUUCUCAGUUCAAGACAUGAUCAAAACUCGAGAAAUAGGUAAACGAGGAAGACCGAGAAAUCAUCGUAUACUUACUGAACAGAAUGUACCGCAUUCUUCUUUGAGGGGUGCUUUCAGCCCUGGUGAAAAAGCCUCCAUAAUAAACAGAUAUCUUCCAAACCAAAGAGCUGUGAUCGAAACAGUAAAUACAAAAACAUUUUGCUGUCUAUAUUUACCAGGCAAUAGGAUUGUUACUGCAAGUCAAGAUGAUAAACUACGUUUUUAUGUGCGACAAAAUCAACUACAACCUCGAUAUACAUUGGUGGGACCGACAAAUCAUUACUCAGUACCUGACAUUGGUUGGAGCAUUCUUGAUUUAACUGUUAAUUCUGUUGGUAAUCAAAUUGCAUACUCAACUUGGAGUGAUUCAAUUCAUUAUACUGCUAUCGAUACACUGCCUGAUCGUUUGCAUUGGAAUACAUUCUUUGGAGCAGAAAUGCCGCCAUCACGUUCUAGUAGAUUCGCAUAUUUUUCCCUGCGAUAUAAUAUGGAUGAUCGUUAUCUCAUAGCCGGUGGAUCGGAUGGUUUCAUAUAUAUGUUCUCUCGUGCACAGCCUUGUUUUCAAAUGUUCCCAGCUCAUCAAGACGAUGUCAAUGCGGUUUGCUGCAGCAAAACCAGUCCGCAUAUUUUCUACAGUGGAAGUGAUGAUGGACUUUGUAAGGUGUGGGAUACUCGUUUGGUUGGAAGCACUAACCUUGCUGUUGGCGUAUUCGCAGGACAUCGUGAUGGGAUCACUUACAUUGACAGUCAUGGUAAUGAUAGAUAUAUUUUGACAAAUUCUAAAGAUCAAACUGUUAAGAUUUGGGAUCUACGACGCUUUUCUUCAAGUGAUGACGAGAAGGUUACGCUCAGUGCAGUACGAAGACAAAGAUGGGAUUAUAGAUAUCAACAGAUACCUUCAAUGUUCCAGUCUGUUGGUCCUUUGCAGGGUGAUGGAUCAUUGUUGACUUUCCGAGGACAUUCAGUGCAGCACACUCUCAUCCGGGCGAAGUUUUCACCGGAACGAACUGGAUUUCGCUAUGUAUAUACCGGCAGCACAGAAGGAAAUUUAUAUAUUUACGAUAUUUUAACGGGAGAAAUUGUGCGGACUUUGGAUGGACACAGAAGUGUAGUACGUGAUUGUUGUUGGCAUCCUGAAGAAAAUGAGAUUAUCACCGUUUCAUGGGAUGGAGUAACAGCCAGAUGGGAUUACAAUACGCGAUAUGAUGAUGAUGAUCAGGAGGAAGAGCUGGAUCGGGUAAGUGAUUCAUAUUCAUCUUCAGAUGAUGAUGAUCAUGAUUACGAUGAUGAUAAUGAUGAUGGAUAUAUUGGUCAAUGGAGAAGUGGCGGGCAUAAAUCUAUGAGGAAGCAUCGAAAAGGAAAUACUUCCUUUCCUUUUGUUCGACGCUGUUGA